AUGACAGAAUAUGAGCAGGAAUUUGUGAGACCCAGUAGAUAUGCUUGGGAAUGUGUUUCAACUGAAGCUAUAAUGUGUAAAAGAUUUGAAGACUGUUUGAAUGAAGACAUUAAGUUGUUAGUCAGGAUUCUGGAAAUAAAAGAGUUUGUGGUACUCGUUGAGCGAGCAUACAAAGCUGAGGAACUUGGGAAAGAGAAAAGAAAAGCUAACUUUAAAGCUAGAGAUUCGCGAAAAAGAUCAUCGAAUCAUUUCAUCCGUGAAUGUCUUGAGUUGGUCGAGCAAGCUGCAGUGCAGAAUACGAGGCCGAGUAACACUGCAGCUAGAGGUAGACCACCCAGAAACACGGGUAAUGUGAAUGGUAGCCGGAGGGGAACUAAAGACACUGUUGUUAGAUCUGAAGCCUGCGCACCUGUCAGAGCUUAUGUUAUUCGCGCUCGUGAAGAAGUUUGGUCUCCAAAUGUUAUUACCGGUACUUUCACACUCUAUGAUAUUAGUGUUGUUGCAUUGAUUGAUCCAGGGUCAACUCUUUCUUAUGUAUGUGAGACUUUAGUAUCCAAUGAUUUGAAUGGUUUACCAGUAAUGAUUUCUUCGAUGUUAGCUCGAACAUAUGUGAGAAAGGGUUGUGAAGCUUAUUUUGCCUAUGUACUCGACUCUAAAGUGAUCAAAAAGAAGAUUGAAUCAGUACCAGUUGUGUGUGAGUAUCCAGAUAUAUUUCCUGAAGAGCUACGGGGACUACCACCGAUUCAAAAAGUUGAAUUUGGUAUUAAACUAGUGCCGGGAACUACUCCGAUAUCAAUAGCUCCAUAUAGAAUGGCUCCGACCGAGUUAAAAGAAUUGAAAUAUCAGUUGCAAAAGUUGAUCGAUAGAGGAUUUGCACGACCAAGUUUCUCUCCCUGGGGUGCUCCGAAAUAUAUAAAUCUACGACAGCAAAGAUGGUUAGAAUUGUUAAAAGAUUAUGAGCUAGUGAUUGACUAUCAUCCAAGAAAGGCCAAUGUUGUUGCUGAUGCUUUAAGUCGGAAACCUUUGUUUGCUCUACAUGCAAUGAAUACUCAGUUGGCUCUAUCUGAUGACGACUCGAUUAUAGCUGAAUUAAAAGCAAGACUGUUAUUUAUGCAAUAG